AUGAAUCCGCAAAUCAUUCACAGAGACCUCAAACCGGAUAAUGUGUUGAUUUCAAUGGACGGAGAGAUAAAGUUAUGUGACUUUGGUUUGGCUAAAGAGGUCCUAAAUUGUGAUCAGUUUCUUAUGUCUAAAGCUAAGCACACGGCAGAUGUGGGAACUGUAGACUAUAUGGCACCUGAAGCUCAGACUAAGGAUUACAAUCAUUUGAUUGAUAUCUACAGUCUAUCCCUAAUCGGGGCUCAAUUAUUUGGUUUCGAUACAUACGAUAUAAUUGAGGGAAAAAACAAGUGA